AUGCAAGCUGGCAGUCACGAGGAAUUUAGGAUGUCUUACGGUGUACGAAGUACAAAAGUGUUUUCUACGCGGGUCGAUCCAAACCAACUCCAGAAUAGCUGGGCCCCCCCGACAACCUCCCCCCUUUCUUUCCCAGACUGGCAGAGUUCAAACCUCCUUCUCUCCAUCAUUCUCAUCUUCUUUCGUUUCAUUUCUUCCUCUUUUCUUUUCCUCGUCCCUCGCUUCUGGUCAAUUUAA